AUGGGGGCUGCUGCUUCAUCUGCUGCUCCUGCAGCGAACGGAGCAGCAGCAGCAGCAACAGAACCAGCAGCAGCAGCAGCAGCAGCAGCAGCAGAUGGGUAUGCUGCUGCACCCCUCCCCAGCAGCAGCAGCAGCACAACCAGCGCCAUCAUCCUCAGCGACAACUUCAUCCGGGCUUUCAGCUACGCCCCCGGCUCGCAGCAGCAGCAGCAGCAGCAGCAGCAGCAGCAGCAGCAGAAGCAGCAGCAGCAGAAGCAGCAGCAGCAGCAGCAGAAGAGGCAGCAGCAGCAGCAGCAGCAGCAGCAGCAGCAGCAGCAGCAGCACAGGUCUACGAGUGAAGAAGAUGACAGCAACUACUUAGAGCUGCAUCCGCCAAUACCCCUCAGUAUGUUUUACCCCUGGCGCGGUCCUCGCACUGGAACUGGAGCAGCAGCAGCAGCAGCAGCAGCAGCAGCAGCAGCAGCAGCAGCGGCAGCAGCAGCAGCAGCAGGCUCGUGA